CUCAGUAUUCGCGCGGAGCGUGCUCGGUGUUGCUUGGUGUUGCUCAUUUUUUCACGCCGUCCGUUCGAGUCCGUCCGGUUUCGUUUUCUUUCACUUCCAGUAGAAAAACACCGGCUGGAAAAGAGGCUGUCAACAGUUGGAACUCUUCCUUUUUCAGGAUUAAACACUGCCCAAACUUUACAAUUUUGCAGAAUGAUAUUGCCACUCGUCCUCGCCGCCCUGGUUUUCGAGGGAAGCCACGGCCUUGCCAUUGGACAGGAAGAAGCAGAGAAUGAUGAAUUAGCGCGACACUACAGCACGCGAUACUCAAUCUACGACGAGCCUUACAAAAUCGACUUCAAGUACCACAAUUACGACCAACUGACUCGGUUUCUGCAGACUACUUCGCACCGCUUCCAAAAUCUCACUGCCCUCUACUCCAUAGGGAAAUCCGUAAAAGGCCGCGAUCUCUGGGUGAUGGUUGUUUCCUCGUCGCCUUAUGAACACAUGAUCGGAAAACCCGAUGUUAAGUACGUGGCCAAUAUACACGGAAACGAGGCUGUAGGUCGCGAGCUGAUGUUGCAUCUCAUUCACUUGCUCGUUACAAACUACAAUGUGGAUCCGUUCAUCACCUGGCUGCUGAACAACACUAGAAUUCACAUUCUGCCGUCCAUGAAUCCGGAUGGCUUCGAAGUUUCAAAGGAAGGAUAUUGUGAUGGCUCACAAGGGAGAUAUAACGCAAGAGGAUUCGAUUUGAAUCGUAAUUUCCCCGACUACUUCAAGCAGAACAAUAAAAUAAGUCAGCCCGAGACGGACGCAGUGAAAGAGUGGGUUUCGAAAAUCCAGUUUGUCCUCUCAGGAAGUCUUCAUGGUGGUGCUCUCGUUGCGAGUUAUCCAUUUGACAACACUCCGAAUUCGCGAAUUUGUCAAUCAGCGCCAUUAUGUGCAGUAUUGCAGAUGAGCUACGCGUCGACGCCAAGCAUCUCCCCGGACGACGACGUGUUCCGCCACUUGUCGUGGACCUACUCCAAGAACCACGGCACCAUGUACAAGGGCAAGGCCUGCUCGCCGACUCAGUCCGGAUUCAAGAACGGCAUCACGAACGGCGCCGAGUGGUACAGUCUCACGGGAGGCAUGCAGGACUUCAACUACGUCUGGAACGGCUGCAUGGAGAUAACACUCGAAAUAUCCUGCUGCAAAUAUCCGCCCGCCAAGGACCUUCCUCACUACUGGGACGAGAACCGAGCUUCUCUUCUAGCGUUUCUGGCCGAAGCUCACAGAGGCGUUCACGGCUUUGUAAUUGACGAAAACGGCAAUUAUAUUGAAAAAGCGUCAGUCAAAAUCAAGAAUCGCAACAUCAGCUUUCUCACCACAAAGUAUGGCGAAUUCUGGAGAAUUCUCUUACCUGGAAUCUAUAAAAUGGAAGUUUAUGCCAAUGGAUACGCUCCCAUGGAUGUCGACUUUGUGGUAGUCAAGGAGCGUCCGACUCUUCUGAAUGUCACUCUUCGCGCAGCAAAGAGCCAGGAUGAUAAUGGCGACAUCGGUCUGGGAGUGUACGGCGGCGGCGGCGGCGGGGGCGUAGCGGUUCGACCUUAUCCACAUCGCGACUAUACUCUUCACUUGCGACCGAAUGCCGGUGCCAGCACGGCCUCCGAUACCAACAACGGGAUCUUCUCAUCGAUUAGCAACAGCUUCAACUCCCUAGUAAGCAACAUCUUUGGCUGAUCUUCCGCUUAUCGACCAACACUGGGUCGUCUCAUUGCCCUCUUCGCCGUCAUCACCUUAUCUCACUUCCUGCGAGCGCGAGUUCGAGUCACAAAGCUCGGGCAGAAUCCACUGACAAUGAGCUAGGAGAGCUGCCGGAACCGAAAAGACCAGGCUUCGAUUUCGAUAAGCUUGUUCCAAAUAUUGUUUUAACAAAUACUGUCCAAACUCCGAGGAAACCCAAGUCACAAUUUUUCCUUAAUCAUUAAAAUAACCAAUUAAUUUUACACUAUUUUCUUGUAUAACUUGUUGAUUAUACAAACAGAAGAGUUGUCAAUACAAAAGUAUAUAUAUACAUGUAAAUUAGGUAACAGUGGACCACAAUGACACCGAUAUAUUUUUCGCUUUAAUCAUUUCAAGUUUACUAUUAAUCUCAAAACAUUUUAUUGCAAGUUGACUCGUUACUCUCAACGCAUUUUGUUUCAUGAGAAUGUUAAUGUUCUGCUUCUUCUUCUUCUUCUUCUUGCGCCAACUCCAAGCACAGGCUAAUAUGGUAUCGAUACUUUUUAACUGACUCGAGUUCAUCAUUCCAACGUCGAUAUUUUUAAUAAUCCUCCCUUCACCCCUCGCAUUCACAAAGCAAAAUUUCAAAUACGUUUGCGAACUAUUGUAAGUGCGCGCAGAGAAAAAUGUUCGAUUUCGACAUCCCAUCACUAUGACAAUAUAUCUUCAAGAUCAUCACUGUUUUCUGUCCAGCACGAAUAGUAUCGCAAUAGUAAAGGGAGAAACAUAGAGACUUUUCAAUUAUUUUUUUACCACUGAUUAAAGCAACAACGUUGAAGACGAAGCGUGUUAAAGAUAUCUGAAGAUUAUCAUUAUCAACCAAUAAAAAUGAUGUGAUGCCUCUACAAAACUGCCGAUAGGUGUAAAUUUAGAGGUAAAACUGCCGUGAUCCUCCACUACCUAGAAUGUAGUUAUUUAUUGAAGAAAUGAUUCGUAUUUAUCUAAAAGAUGCAACGCAAAGAAUUAGUUGGUAGUGCGCAUAAUGUAAUUAUAAUAUAUGAAUACUUAUUGAAGAGAAUUAAAAUAUUUGACAUCUGUAGAAAAAAAGAUGGUGGAUUCUUCGUAUUUUACAAAAUUGUCAAAUGCAAUGUCAAAUAAUUAUAGUCUUUAUAUUAAUAGUGCAACGUCGAAAUGCAAACACCGAUAUUGCAUUAUUAUUUAUAGUAGGUAGUAAACGGUUUUCAUUGUCGUUGAAAAAUUUAUUUAUAUUUUCGAUGAUUUCAAAUAAUGAAUACUGCAUUUCUGUAGUCUUCAACAUGUUAUUAUUAUACGUAAUCUGUUCUCAUGAAAGCGCAUUAUAGGAAAAGUGGUUAUAGUAGGGAUUAUCCAAAGCGGCUUAUAAAAAUUUUCCUACUUUUUUCGCAAACACACAUGUCAAAUAAUUAUUACAAGAAAAGCAUUGACAAUAUUUUUAAUUACUUUCAAUAUUUCUAUAAAUAUUAUUUCAUUGCAUAUUGAAAUGAUUAAAAUUUUAUUAAUGUUUCGAUUUUCAUCUAAUCUUCCAAAACAUACCUAAUAUUUAUUAAAAAAAUAAGAAUAUUAAAAUUUUAAAAGAAUAAUUUCUUCACUAAUAAGUGACAAAAACUAGUUAUUUUACUUUAUAGUUAUGUACCUAUUAAGUUUUAUUAAAAUGUAUUUAUUAUAUUUACUAAAAUAAUUUUUCAAGACUGAAGAAAAAAGUAAGCUAUAUAAGACAAAAAAAUAUUAUUCAAAUUAUUGUCCUCAAAAAUAAUAUUAACAACUCUUUUUUCUCGUGAUAGUGCAAAUGUCAAAUUCUAAUGUAUUCUUAAGAAUCGAGGAACUAAAUAUGGAAACAAGUGAAAAAACUCAAGUGCGCAUUGAAACUCGUUUAAAAAACUUGUCGGAAAAUUAUUAAUUAUUACGCAAACCAUAAAUUUUUUAAGCCCAAUACUACUUUUCCAAUAAUAUCUUUUCGUAUACAUAUAUAGAAUAAUCAUUUACAAGAACAUUCUUCUGUUCCUUAUAUUAUUCUCACACUAGGUUACCUAUACUUAUUAUGUACUUUAUUAUUUAUUAUAUAAAUUCUAUAUAUAUUUAUUUCUUUAUGUAUAAAAUAAUAUUGUUCUCUCCAAAAAGAAUUUACAAGACUUUUCUUGAAAUAUUCACUUUACACAGUUUACUGCGUUUGACUUGGAUAUAAUUAAAUAUAAAUUAAUUAAUAAUGAACUUGUCUUUUAGAAGAAUAUGUAUAUUCGUGAAUAUUUCAUGCGUGAUAAUUUUUUAGAGGUAAUACAUGUAUAUUUAACGAGAAUUGUAAAUUUUAUUGCAGAUUGUUGAUGUACUUUGAUAAGCAUAUAGGUAUAGAAUGUUAACUUAAAGCAUCCAAGUUCUUGUUUACUGCGAAUAGAAUAAAAAAACAACAAUGAAACACAGCAGACUCUAUUUUUAGAAGUAUGUCAGAAGAAAUAAAUAAAUAAAUAAAUAUGUUUAAAACAAUAAA